CGCCGCGAUGGACUCCGGCGGCGAGACCCACGAGCUCAACGGGCUGGCGGAGGGCGCGGAGCCGGCGGCCGCCGAGCGGCGCAGAACGUCACAGUGGUUUCAAAGGAAUGGACCUAUGAAUAUCAACCACUACGCAAAUAAGAAGAGCGCUGCCGAGAGCAUGUUGGACAUUGCCCUGCUGAUGGCCAAUGCAUCCCAGCUGAAAGCCGUGAUGGAGCAAGGACCUUCUUUUUCCUUCUACAUCCCACUUAUCGUUCUUAUCAGCCUGUCGCUCACGCUGCAAGUUAUGGUGGGAGUGCUCCUGAUAUUCCUUGUAAAAUAUGACCUUAACAACCCUGCAAAACAUGGAAAGCUGGAUUUCCUCAACAACCUUGCAACUGGACUAGUAUUCAUUAUAGUGGUUGUGAAUAUUUUUAUCACUGCCUUUGGAGUGCAGAAGCCAGUUGCUGAGUCAGCACCAAGAGUUUAAGUACGAGAGACCUGAAGCAUUCAUUCUAGAUGCCAUUUGCACUUGAGAUAGUUACACUUGGACACAGUGGGGGAAAAAAAAUCUGAAGAAGCUGGACAUACCGAGCAGCUUUCUCAAGUUUCCAACAACCAACACAUUUGUGUACCUAAAAUUUUCCCAUGUGUUAAUAUUUAAACUGUUUGGCAUCUAAGGAAAGGUUGAUUUUGACCCAAGGACAUUGUUUUUCUGGAAUAUUGGCAUUUCAAUUUCUGUAGAAACUAAUUGUUUUUCAGAGAAGUGGCAUAAGCUCAUCAAACGAGGUAAUAUCAACCGGUGGCACUUCACAGGACUUCCUAUUUUCCAUGCCUUUGUUUUUUUGUGGCAGUUUGUCAUUUCCACCGAGGUAAGAAAUGGCAGGCCUGCGGUUCUGGCGUCGUCCCAUUGUCCUUUAUUUCACUCGCUUGGCGCCGAACCUGUGUACUCCAUAGCGCAGCAGUGGUCUUCCUUUGCGGUGUGCAAAGAUAGCUGUGCCUCGUUUUCUUUUUGCUCCGCUCUAGCUAAAGCAAAGAUGAGACAAACCAAAAUGGCAGGCUAUCUUUUGUCCAGUUUUGCUCACAGGUACUCGCUUGUGCUGUUCUUCAUCUCUGGACCACACAAAAUUUCCUCUCCUUUGUGCACAGGCACGCAAAUAACCUAAUUGCUAAUAGUUUCUUACUAUUAGCUGCUAUACUCCAUAUUCUGUGCAUUAUAUAUAUUUCUGGAAACCCUGUUAGAAGCGCUACCUUUUCUAGGCCCAACUGGAAAACUAGAGGACACAGCGUGAACUUUACCUGCUAAACUGGUACUGAGUGCCUGUCAGCAAUUCAAGUAGCAAACUGGAAGAAGUUUAUCCCUCCGUAACUUACUUUUCCCUUUUCUCUUCCCAAGAUUGAUUGCUGCAGUUUUGUUACUCUUAUGAGUUUAUGGCUAAAAGCAUAACUAAUUUUUUUAAUUUUUAUUUUUAAAUAUAUAGGGAGAGAUAUAAAUAUCUUCUAGGUUCUUACCUGCUGGCUCAGGGACUGACACUUUUUCUAAAUAUACUUUGCUAGUAAUGGUGUAGGUUAUAAAAAUUUCUACAACAAAAACAUUUCAGUCAUUUUAUUUCCAAAGUAUCACAUGUGCAAUCAGAAAAAUCCUAGUUUUCUAGAUUAUGCUUACUUGUAGAUGCAGAUUUGUACUAAUACAUUUCCUUACCGUUAAUUUUUAAAUGCUCCCUUGCACAUAUUAAUAGAAGUUUGACUUCCAUGUGUCUCAUCUCAUUUACAAUUUUUAUUGAUCACAUUUCUCUUUAGUUAUGUCUCAAGGCCCAUUGAUGUACCAUAUGUUCAUUUACACGUUCUGUAAGAAUUACUAACAGAAAACAAAUCAGAAACGUGUGUGAUUAGUAAUGGAAUAGACAUUCUUUUUUAUUUUUUAAUUCGUCUUUUGUUGCUUCAUUUCCAAGUUAACAUGUAUUUAACCAGUAUCUAGCAAGCAAUGGUUUUAAUUGUGCGUGUUGUACUAAUUUAAACGUAGCUCAGAACAAGUUCUGAAUGAGGUACUCAGGACAAUUUUCCUUAUUUAUUUUUUACAAACCAGCGAACUGUUGAAGGACUAUUCAUACUUGUGCUAUCAUCGCAGUUUCGAUGCUGUAGUGUAGUGAAUUGACUGGCCAAAUGGCAGUGCUGAAAACCUUAAAAACCUUUCUUUUGGAGAAAAUAGGUGACUGUAGGCAGAGCCCUUCCAAGCAGGAAAUUCAUCUGUGGCUCGACUUCGGGCAGUAGUUUUGAUAAGAUUCUUGAAUGUACCGUCUUUGUUACCUCUCACCUUCUUACUCACUGGAAUAUUUGCCCGUCUGUGCAUCUGAUUCAGUCUGGAGAGGCUCUCUGGAGGCAGCUACCUCUCUUCUGUACGGGAAGCUUUGUACCUAAGCUAGAUGUCUGAAGUAGUUGCUUUAUGUUCUCCUAAAUACAUAACCUGUCCAAAAGAUAGUUACUUUUAACUUAGGUAUGAAUAUUAGAUAUUUUUCACUGCCAGAUUUCCACCUUUCUAGUUUUUCAAGCAAGACAUAAAAAUAGGAAGAAAUGUGGUUCUGGCACUUAGCUAAUCCUCUCACUUUCUGACUUGUCCUUGCUACCCAAAAGGCAGAUGCGAACAGACGCCCAGGCUCUACUGGUGUGCACCGUUUUUAUAGUCGGUGGUGAUUUGGCCCAAUUUUGAAUGUAGCUUUCCAUUCCUGUGCUACUUAUCGCCACGGCCCUCUCUUGUGAGCAUGAUCACGUUUGUCUUGCACUGAAACAUUUG